CACCAACGGGCACCUGAUGUGCGCCGGCUGCUUCAUCCACCUGCUGGCGGACGCGCGGCUGAAGGAGGAGCAGGCGACGUGCCCCAACUGCCGCUGCGAGAUCAGCAAGAGCCUGUGCUGCCGCAACCUGGCCGUGGAGAAGGCGGUCAGCGAGCUGCCCUCCGAGUGCGGCUUCUGCGCCCAGCAGUUCCCCCGCUCCCUGCUCGAGAGGCACCAGAAGGAGGAGUGCCAGGACCGGGUGACCCAGUGCAAGUACAAGCGGAUCGGGUGCCCCUGGCAGGGCCCCUACCACGAGCUGACGGUGCACGAGGCCGAGUGCACCCACCCCACCAAAACCGGCAACGAGCUCAUGGAGAUCCUGGACGAGAUGGACCAAACGAGGAAAAAGGAGAUGCAGCUCUACAACAGCAUCUUCAGCCUGCUCAGCUUCGAGAAGAUCGGAUACACAGGUACCGGCGGCUCCCCGGGAAUCCCGGGAAUCCCGCUCGGCCCCACGGCUUGGGGGGGGUGUUGGCCUUCCGACCACAAACCCUGGUGGCUCCUCAUGCCCUUCCGACCACAAACCCUGGUGGUUCCUCAUCCCCUGGUGGAUCCUCCUCCCCUUCCAACCACAAACCCUGGUGGUUCCUCAUCCCCUUCCCACAAACCCUGGUGGCUCCUCCUCCCCUUCCCACAAACCCCGGUGGCUCCUCAUCCUCUUCCCACAAACCCUGGGGGCUCCUCCUCCCCUUCCCACAAACCCCGGUGGCUCCUCAUCCUCUUCCCACAAACCCUGGGGGCUCCUCCUCCCCUUCCCACAAACCCCGGUGGCUCCUCA